GUCGGCGUAAGUUACGCACUGUGGAGCAUGCACGGAACGUCGUGGUGCACCGUGGCUCUUCUCGCGUGAGUCAAAACGCGAUAGAUUGUGACAAGACCGAAAACAGCGGACGUGUGUCUCGUUCGACGAUCCGUUGGUCCGUCCAGCGACUUUUAUGCAUGUACUGACCAGGAAUCACCGCUGACCGUGGUCGCUCCGCUCUCGCACAGCAUAAAGAGCUCUACGUUUGACGUAUGAAAAGAUGGUGACCGACCGAUAGCGGGAUUUAAUGAUAACGCAAAUCCCCGAGUGUUUCCACUAAUUUUCGCCGCCGAUAGGAUCGUUAAUCGAGCGAGGAUGGACGACAAAUCGACACUGGGGAUAUCGUGAGCAGCAGAAGACGUCAAUUUCGGUUCGUAUCGCUUACAGCCGCGGACCUAUCUUGUUCCUUUGGCCGGGACGUUCUGUGCACGACGAAUCAACCAAGAUCACCGAGUGACAGCGUUAACGACCGUGAGAUCUGAGAGCUGCGAUCUUCACGACGCCGUAAUUCUCCGUACACGCUCGUGACAGCUCUCAGUCAACGAGGAUUGACGAUUUGUACACAUAUCACAAGAAAGUAAUUUGAUGAAAGGAUUAUGAAUCCUUUAAGAUAGUUACUUUGAAUUGUAGUAAAUUCUGUACAAUGUCCCAUUGCGAGGAAGAAGUGGUAUCACCUGGUUUUCACCAAUUAAGUAUUACAAUUGAAGCAGCAAUACUACGAAGUUCAACUUUCCUAAAGCCUAAUCCAUACAUAGAAUUCUCAGUUGAUGACAAAAGUCCUCGCAAAACAGAAGUGUCAAAGUCGACUUAUCAACCAAAAUGGAACGAAGAAUUUACAAUACUUGUCACGCCAUAUUCACAGUUGCACUUUCGACUGCUUGACCAUAGUACAUUUCGCAAAGACACAUUAAUAGGGGAGAAACGAAUAAGCCUAUUUCAAGUAUUAUCACAUUAUAAUGGAAAAUUAGAAAAUUUAGAGUUGACAUUCGAUUUAAUGAGUGAGAGCAAACACGACUCGCAGCUGUGUAAAGUCGGCGAAUUGAUUACGGUUUUUGAUGGACUUAAGAUAGAUACUACUAAUGAGACCUUACUAAAUGUUAGUGAGCCAUCCUGCCAAAUACAAUCUGAUGGUGCCACAAACAACGAUACAAUCAAUAAUCGAAGUAUUCUCAAUGGAGGAGUUCGCGCACGUAUGAGAUUGCACAGUUCAGAAAAUCUUGCUCCAUCUGUAUGUCGUCCUUUCACGAAUGUUCAUCUCAGUCCCAAUUACAACAGUGGCAACAGUCAGACGAAUAGCAACAAAAAUGUCGGAUCUACAUCCGCGACUAAUGCAGAUGGGACGUCGAGUAACGUCGGUAGCAGCAGCAGCAGCAGCAGUGGCAGCCUCUCCGCGAGCUCCUUGGCGAAUGGACACGCGAUCUCGAUGGCGGACAAAUCCAUGGUGUCUCCGGGAAUUCGCAGACGCACCUACGUCACAGACGUGCGAACUCUUGUAGAUAUGACUCGCAGAAUGACUCUCAAAGAUCAGCAGCCCACGUCGGUCAGUUACUCGCGUAACAGUUACGGCACGGAGCAAUCCUCGAUGCUCAAGUCAGAUCCGCGCAGUGGGUCGCGGUCGGAGCAGUCUGCGAUCAUGACCGGAAUGUGUACAGACGCUCGUGUGAUAUCCCGACAGGAACAGUCGGUGCUUUCUAACACCGCCGACGUUUCUGCCGCUCCUCACACCUCCGAUCCGAACGUGUCGCCGCACGUGGACGCCGCACGCAGCGUCCUGCGAAUAGAACAACCGAUCGCUGGCGCCGGAGCCGUUUUUCCCGACAGUCGCGCGAUGACACGGUCAGAGCAAUCGAGCAGCGCUCUCAUGACGGAGGACUUGCGCGUGAUGAGGCAACAGCCCGAGCAAACCACGAGCAUUCGUGUGAACGAGGAUUUACGCACGAUGAGACAACAACCGGAACAACAGUCCGCUACGAGCAUACGCGUCACCGAGGAUGUACGAGGGAUGAGACAACAGAACGAACAGACCACGAGCAUUCGCAUAGGCGAGGAUUUACGUAUAAUGAGACAACAGCAACAACAAGCGGAGCAAUCGACGAGCGUUCACCUGCCGGACGACUUACGAAUUUCUCGCACGGAACAGUCGUUGAACGCGCCACUUCUCGAUCAACGUGGAGUAUCGCGCACUAACCAGCAAAGUGCGACUAUCUCCUUGACGACGGACGGACGUACGGCUUCUGGUCGCUCGGAACAGUCGGCGGUGGUCCCUUUAACAGACAAUCGUGCAAUUCCUAUGGCGGAACAUAUGUCACCCGCUGCGCUGCCGGAUAUUCGGUCGGUGCCGCGAAUUCCGCAGGCCGCAGGUUCGUUGUCGAGUCAGUCCGCCGCUAUGCCCGUCGCCGGGCAAUCUUCCGUCGCGCAGCCGGGAGUGCUGAUCACUGAGGACGUCGCUCAUUCGGAAGAACCUUUGCCGACGGGUUGGGAAAUGAGAUACGAUGUAUACGGGAGAAGAUAUUAUGUUGAUCAUAAUACUCGAAGUACAUCGUGGGAGAGACCACAGCCUUUACCCGCUGGAUGGGAGGUUCGUCGUGAUCCGAGGGGUAGAAUUUAUUACGUCGAUCAUAACACAAGAAGUACCACCUGGCAAAGACCAAAUACGGAAAGACUACAGCACUUCCAACAUUGGCAAGGCGAAAGGCAGUACGUUGUUCAACAAGGAAACCAAAGGUUCCUCUAUCCACGGGGUAAUGGAAAUCAGGCUGCUGCAUCGGGUCCGUCGACGUCCAUGGGUGAUGACGACGAUCCUUUGGGACCAUUACCGGCUGGUUGGGAGAGACGAAAGCAGCCUGAAGGUAGAGUUUAUUACGUGAAUCACAAGAAUCGAACUACGCAAUGGGAGGAUCCUCGUACACAAGGUCAAGAAACUGGUAUAGAGGAGCCGCCAUUACCGGAUGGUUGGGAGAUACGGUUGACGGAAGAUGGAGUCCGGUAUUUCGUGGAUCAUAACACUCGAACAACGACGUUCCAGGACCCAAGACCUGGUGCACCCAAAGGUCCGAAAGGAGUGUAUCGUGUCCCGAGGGCGUACGAAAGAUCAUUCCGAUGGAAGUUGUCGCAGUUCCGCUUUUUGUGCCAGACUAACGCGCUGCCUAACCAUAUUAAGAUUAGCGUUAGUCGGCAGACAUUGUUUGAAGACUCCUAUCAUCAAAUAAUGAAUGCGGAAGCUUUCGCGCUGAGACGGCGAUUAUAUAUAAUAUUUAAAGGAGAAGAAGGCCUGGAUUACGGGGGUGUAUCAAGGGAAUGGUUUUUCUUGCUGAGUCACGAGGUUUUAAAUCCAAUGUACUGCCUAUUCGAGUAUGCUAACAAAAGCAACUAUAGCUUGCAAAUAAAUCCAGCGUCGUAUGUUAAUCCUGAUCACUUACAGUACUUCAAGUUUAUCGGAAGGUUUAUUGCGAUGGCUCUUUAUCACGGCCGAUUUAUUUACAGCGGUUUUACAAUGCCGUUUUAUAAACGUAUGUUGAAUAAGAAGUUAGUUAUGAAAGAUAUAGAAUCUAUUGAUCCAGAAUUUUACAAGUCUCUCGUGUGGAUAAAGGAGAAUAACAUUGAUGAAUGUGGCCUAGAAUUGUACUAUAGUGUGGAUUUUGAGAUUCUUGGUCAAGUAAUACAUCAUGAAUUGAAAGAAGGUGGCGACAAAGUUAGAGUAGGUGAAGACAAUAAAGAAGAAUACAUCAGGUUAAUGACUGAAUGGAGAAUGACAAGAGGAAUAGAAGAACAAACGAAGGCAUUUUUGGAAGGAUUCAAUUCGGUCGUGCCCCUGGAAUGGCUCAAAUACUUCGACGAGCGUGAGCUCGAGCUGAUGCUUUGUGGCAUGCAGGAAAUAGACGUUGAAGACUGGCAACGUAAUACUAUCUACAGACAUUAUACUCGUAACAGCAAGCAAAUUUUGUGGUUCUGGCAGUUCGUGACGCGAACAGAUAGUGAGAAAAGAGCUCGAUUGUUGCAGUUUGUAACUGGCACUUGUCGUGUACCUGUCGGAGGAUUUGCUGAACUGAUGGGAAGCAACGGCCCGCAAAGAUUCUGUAUAGAGAAGUUUGGAAAGGAUACCUGGCUGCCGAGAUCACAUACAUGUUUCAAUAGAUUAGAUCUACCACCUUACAAAAGUUAUGACCAAUUAGUAGAGAAAUUGAAUUACGCGAUUGAAGAAACAGAAGGCUUUGGCCAAGAGUAACUGUAAACAUGCUAAUUAAUAUGUGGUAGAUACACUACAUUUGUGUAUAAUUAGUGGAUGAUAAAAAGGAAAAUUUAAAAUGUAGCGCCACAAACUGAUGAUAAAAGAGUUCAUGUUACAUUUGAAAUCUGUUGGGGGCAGCUAUCAUUAAGUGUAAAAGUUCCAAAUAAUUAAAAAUGUUCAUAGAUACAUUGCUCGAAAGAAUUUGUAUGAAGCGUCUUAAAUUAUAUGCAAAUAAUGUAAUAAUCUGAAUUAUAUAAUACCAGUUUAUUCCAUUAUAUUUCAUAUCUUAUUGACAUUUUCGACUUAACUGUGGAAAUUGUAUAAAACGUUAAUAAGACAUGAAAAAUUAUAUAAUAAAAUUUACAAUAAUAUUAUAAAUAUAUUAAGAAGCUAAAAUAGUUAAAGGAUAUGUACAAUUUAAUCCUUUCUAUUGUAGUAUUUGUUUCAUACAUGUAUAUCAACCAAAAAAAGAAUUAUUUUAAUAUCCCCAAAUUAGUUUAUCUUUUUUAAAAAGAAAUGUAACAAGAAUUAUAAUCAUUAAAUGCAACUUGUCUAUAUUCAUUACCGGUCAUAAUUCUCUAAAUGAAAACAACGGAAAUUUGUUAUUAUGUAAUAUCUUUUAUUAUAUUUUAAUAUAUUUUAAUGCCUAAAUAUACACACAUAUAUACGUAGAGAUUAAAAAUUAUUCUCUUUUUAAUUAAUUAUGUGUAUAUAUUGAAUUUAUAUAUAAUUAUAACACAUAAUAUGUUAUAUAGGCAAUCAACAAUUUUAUGUUUUAUUCAAAGCAAUUUAGAGGUGAAGUGUGUGUAACGCGACGGUACUUUUUGUCUUAUAAAAUAUAGCAGGUAUUUAUAAUUAUAUCUGUAUGUGUUUCCAGAUACACAUUAUAAAUAUCUGCUACAUAUAGAAACAGCCAGCCAAUAAAAAAGAAUUCCCAAAUAUAUUUUAUCAUUUGAUGUAUCGGACGUUCGUAAUUAUAUAUUAAAGAAUUAUUGACACAUUGCAUGUUGCCUCACAGGUAUGAUAAAAAGUCAGUAUGAAUAUAUUACAUCAAAUAUUUCCUAAAAUAUUUGUAACAAUGAACACGAAUUAGGAAAAUCAUGGAAUUGUAAUUAUAAAAUUGUGCAUUUGUUUAUGAUUAAUAAUUUAUGUAUAUAAAAUAUGUAUGCAUAUGUACACACAAUUAUUUAUGUGUAUGAUUAUGCAGAUAAAUAUGCAUACUAUAUUGGAUGCUGUUUUAACUACACGUAAAAUAUCUGGACUUGUUAAGAUAAUAAGUCCUUUAGUUGUGAAGAACGACUGGUAGUUAAGAUUGAUCAUGGUGUUAGAUUUAUUUAUGCAUUAUCGCAAUAA